GYGGAGCGCUCUUGGACCAGGCGAUUUAGGAAUUCAGAGGAACUGCCAGCCUUGGACCCCAGCUGYGUGCGCCGUGCUUCAAUGCUGAAGAUGGAGACUCUGAACAGCACACACCCCAGCACCGCAGCCUCCAGCAGCCCCCUGGAGUCCCAUGUGCCCAGCAGUGGCAGCGGCAACGGCAAUGAAUAUUUCUACAUUCUGGUUGUCAUGUCCUUCUACGGCGUUUUCUUGAUUGGAAUCAUGCUGGGUUACAUGAAAUCCAAGAGGCRAGAGAAGAAGUCCAGCCUCCUGCUGCUGUACAAAGAUGAAGAGAGGCUCUGGGGAGAGGCCAUGAAGCCGCUGCCCAUGGUUUCAGGCCUGAGGUCAGUGCAGGUGCCCAUGAUGCUGAACAUGCUGCAAGAGAGUGUGGCCCCUGCGCUGUCCUGCACCCUCUGCUCCAUGGAAGGGGACAGCGUGAGCUCCGAGUCUUCUUCCCCAGAUGUGCAUCUCACCAUCCAGGAGGAGGGGGCAGACGACGAGCUGGAGGAGACUUCAGAGACGCCUCUCAACGAAAGCAGCGAAGGGUCCUCUGAGAACAUCCAUCAGAAUUCCUAG